ACAGACUUACCACAUUUAGUGAUCAUGCACCCAUUAUUCUUCUUGCAGAUCAUAUAAUUCUGUUAUUUCUUGUAAUACCUAUGGCUCCAAGACCACAAGAAAAACAAAGAAGUAUUCAAUGGUCAAUGUGGGCAAAUGAGACUGCACUCAUGGGUGCCUGGAUAGUCGUAUUAGGUGGAAUUGUUGGGAUUAUAGGUGGAGCCGUAGAGGAAUUUCAAUACUGGCUUCCGUUUGGAAUAUAUAGUUUAGUUUUUGGAUUACUGGUUGUGAUGUUGGAAUAUCCACGAGGGAAGAAAAACAAAGGGAACACUGUUACCCGAAGUCAUCAAGAAAUUUUCACCAAAAUUAAUCAUAAAAUGUACAAGUUCACCAGAAGCUACUAUAUCCGUGCACUUGUUCUAUUUCUGGUUUGUCUGCCAGCUGGAGUUAUUGUUCCAACCUUCUUUGGUGCCUUCUGCCUGUUAUCCGCCAGUAUAAUCUACCUUGUUGCUGCUAUAAGAAAUGAAGAAUGGACACCGGUUGGAAUACAACUUGAUAGAGCUCAACGAAUUGAUACAAUAUCAUCUCCUCCGUCGAAGCCACCACCUCGUUUGCCGCAACAAAUUUAACAUUGUUCAGUUGUUACUCAAAACUUGAUAAAAAUCAUUCCAUAUUCCUGUUUAUUCAGAAAUAUGUCCAUUUUCAGAUUAAUAUAAAUUUUCCUGUGUUACAGACCACAGCUCACAGUCUGACUUACGGUUUUCAAGAUAAUAAAUGUGAUUGUGUUUUUACUACAAAAAUGCCAUUCUAGACCCCUAUUUGACUUGCUUGUUAUCUUAAAUGCGCUUAUUUUAAAUUUCUAGCUUCCUAAAUUUGUGAUAAUUUUUAAAAUAACAGACAUGAAGCAUUAUAAUUUUACAUAUCAUAUUUUUAUUUGUGAAAAUGUUCUGAAACAGAGAAUAUUUGAAAAUAUUUAUUGGUGUCAAUGAGUGAUGCACUGGCAUUUUCUAACUGUAACAAUCUUCAAUUCUUGACAAGCACAUCAGGUUUCUUUUACAUUUCAUGAUUUUUCGCAUCUUACAGGUUGUCCUGAAAAAUGGACAAAGAAGAUUUUACAGUUUAAACGCAAUAUUAUAAUACUUCCUAUACAGGAAAAUAAUUUUGAUAAAAAUCUGAGAAUUUUGUCACUCCGUAAUGCCACGGAGUGACGAGAUUUAUCGGAGCACUGCGUAAAAAACAACAAGCAACUAUCAACUGUCAAAUUGGUAAAUUAUUGGGCCUAACCCCUAAAGCGACAUCUCAGUUUUGUUGCAAAUACCUACCGUAGGUAUUGAAAUAUAUCAGAUAAUUGAAAAAAAAGUUAAAAAAUCGUCAAGUUGACAAUAUAAGGCAAAUUUCCAUCAGCUCUGUUUAGCCCAGUGUGUCCAAUGGAGCAUUUUACAAUAUUUAUAUCAAACACAGGAUAUCAGAAGUAAAAUUUAUCACAUACUUUGGUUGACCAAAUACAUUUUAAGUUAACAUAAAUAGCAUAAGAGUUUAUGAUAUGAAACUAAUGAAAAUUAGACAGAAAACCAUCAAUUAUUCCAUUGAUUAAAAAACAAUGAUUUUGAGUCUAAUCGGUACCUUCUCAUGCGAUUUUGAAUACUUGUCCUAUAUGUCUGUAUGUCCUAUACCUCCUGCAGUUUAAUAUUUCAAUUAGCGAAGAUUUAACUUUUGCUAAAUUUUCAACUAAUUUAUGGAAUUGCUGUUAUGCCAUUGCGCAAAUUAAUUUCAUUGAUGUCAUUGUAGUUACCUAACCAUGUGGUAUACAUUUCUCAUGUGAAGUUUAAAUUUUGACAUAUUAUAGUGAUCUGAGUUUUUGAGACAGUAAGUGCGAAACUUGAAAAAUUCAUUUUGAGAAAAUGAUGAUAAUGAUAACGUAUAUUUUUUAUUUUUAAACUGUUAUAACUUUUUAUUGAAUUACUUCCAUGAAUUUUGCUUCAAAUUAUUAUUAGAUUUUCCCUUUUGUCUUGAAAUCCUCGAACAGUGGAAACAUGUUUUUUUUUUAAAGUAUUAUGGAGAGUAUAUAUUCGUACAAGUAUUACAUGAAGUAAAGUGAAAUGUGUAGCAAUAGGAGAAAGAUUUUAGAAUUGCUUUUUUGUAGAUAUCAUUGUUCUUCUCUGUUUGAGAUGUAUGUUUCACCCAAAAAGUUCCCAAAAACCCUGUUUGGCACAUAAGAUCAACAAUGCCCAUUUUCUAAAUCAGAAAUCUAUGGACAAUUUUAUUUUUUGUAACAUUUUGUCUGACCAAUGUCAGCCAUCCACAGACACUUUGUUACAACAAUAAUAUACCAUUAUAUCUGCUAACUUUUCUUGUCCAGGAGAUUUGCCGUAAUAAAUUCUAAUUCAUCCUCCAAAUAAAUAAUUGCAGGAGCUAAUUUCUUCCAUUUUAUGGAUUUAUAUCCGAGAAAUAUUAUUUUUAAAUAUGCACCUUAUACUGUCUUCAUAUUAUGGUAACUUUUCGUCAUACUAACUAGAAGAUUUUAUUUACUGUACUUUUGUCACAAUUUUAAUAUGAUGAAGUUAAUGAUUUCAUAAAGCUUUGUGUAAUGUUUCAAUAAAAAGCCGCUUUUGUCUUCUACUUGUCUAUUCAAAGCUUACUAUUCUAACAUAUUUUCUUGUAUUCUUUAUAACAUAAUUAACAAUAG